AGCCUUGCGAGCCAGUUCGGUGAAAGGAGCUCUUAGGCGGCGCACCGGGUCUCCAGCCAGACCGACGUAAAUCCGGGAGUGGAGCGCGUCAUCUCAACGGUGAGGGGACACUAGCGUGCGGCGGGAGACCGGGUUGCUGCGCGGCGGAGAGCUAAUAAAGCACCGCAGCCGGAAGUGUCUUCAGAGCGGCGUCGUACCCGGAAGCGUGGCAAGACGGCAGCCGCACCCGGAAGUGUGAUGUUGCCGCUGCCUGGGAAGUGAUGGUGCCCGGCCAAUUGGGAUACGGGAUUAAAACAGGGAUGUGCAGAUGGAGGCUGGAGGAGACACUACUGCCCCAGCCCCUGGGGACGCGGAGGACUUGGAGGACACCCGGUUCCCCAGUGAGGAGGCUGGAGAGGAUGGAGAGGUUCACGAGGCCCCGCCGGCUCCUGGGGACGGGGACCUGGAGAAAACAGAAUCCGAGAUGAAGGAUCAGCCAUCCAGCCUGCUGUCACCACUGCCCCAAACAGAGGCCCCAUCAUGCAACUGUGGGCUUUGGGAUCCUGCAGCCUCAGAGAAUAGUCCCGAGGGUGGCGCCGAGAGUGGCGCUGGGGGCCAGGGCGGGGACCCCAGUGAUGAGGUCUGGCGCAGCAAGCGAAAGCACGUGUUUGUGCUGAGCGAGGCAGGCAAGCCCAUCUACUCAAGGUAUGGCAGCGUGGAGGCACUGUCGACGACCAUGGGUGUGAUGACGGCCCUCGUGUCCUUCGUGCAGAGUGCAGGAGAUGCCAUCCGCGCCAUCUAUGCUGAGGACCACAAGCUGGUGUUCCUACAGCAGGGCCCACUGCUGCUGGUGGCUGUGUCGAGGACUCCUCAGUCGGCAGCCCAGCUCCGCGGGGAGCUGCUGGCCGUGCACGCACAGAUCGUGAGCACGCUGACGCGUGCAAGCGUGGCCCGCAUCUUCGCGCGCAAGCAGAACUACGACCUCCGCCGCCUGCUGGCCGGUUCGGAGCGCACGCUAGACCGGCUUCUGGACAGUGUGGAGCGGGACCCCGGCGCCCUGCUGUUGGGCGCCGUGCGCUGUGUGCCUCUGGCCCGCCCACUGCGCGAAGCCCUGGGUGCGCUGCUGCGACGGUGCACGGCGCCCGGCCUGGCCCUCUCGGUGCUGGCCAUCGGAGGUCGACUGGUGACGGCGGCCCAGGAGCGGACUGUGUUAGCCGAGUGCCGGCUGGACCCCGCCGACCUGCAGCUGCUGCUCGACUGGGUGGGGGCGCCGGCCUUCGCGGCGGGGGAGGCGUGGGCACCCGUGUGCCUGCCCCGCUUCAAUCCGGAUGGUUUCUUCUACGCCUACGUGGCGCGCCUGGACGCCAUGCCCGUGUGCUUGCUGCUGCUUGGCACUGACCCUGAGGCCUUCCAUGACAUGGCCACCUGCCGGCGCCUGGUUGAAGAGGGCAUGCACGCCCUUGGUGCCAUGCGGGCCCUGGGGGAGGCUGCCAGCUUCUCCAAUGCCCCAUCAGCCAGUGCUCCUGCCUACAGCGUGCAGGCUGUGGGGGCACCGGGCCUCCGGCACUUCCUCUAUAAGCCACUGGAUAUCCCCGACCAUCACCGCCAGCUGCCCCAGUUUACCAGCCCUGAGCUGGAGGCCCCGUACAGCAGAGAGGAGGAGCGACAGCGCCUGUCCGACCUGUAUCACCGUCUGCACGCGCGCCUCCACAGCGCCUCCAGGCCCCUGCGUCUCAUUUACCACGUGGCGGAGAGGGAGACACUGCUGGCCUGGGUGACUUCCAAAUUUGAACUCUAUACCUGCCUCAGCCCACUGGUGACAAAGGCAGGUGCCAUCUUGGUAGUGACCAAACUCCUGCGCUGGGUGAAGAAAGAGGAGGAUCGACUCUUCAUCCGUUACCCACCCAAGUACUCCACACCCCCGGCUGCCCCAGCUGCCUCUACAGACCAACCUUCCCAUAAUGGCUUGUUCACUGGACCUUGAGUGGCAGAGUUCUUAGAUUGGGCCGUGCUGAGAAGCACCACCUUUGGCUUUUACCUUCUGCCUCCAGCCUGGAAAUGGGGCAGGAGGACACAGGAAAGGCUGCUUCCCCAGCCCGGUGAUGCUCCUCCAGCUCUGGGGACAUCCUUGGGCCCCUCUGCCCCACCUCUUCCACUUGGAUGACAUCCCUCUGUCAGGGGCUGUCUCCUCCAGUCCUGGGCACCACACCCUCUGUCCUGCAGCAGGAGUCGGCCUCCUGGUGGGCUGUGAGCCCUGAGUGUCCAGGGUUGGCCAGGGUCCCUUUGGGUGGUCCACAGGGACUCUGGAAUUGGGAAUGCAUGGCCAGCCUUUAUGAAAGGCUUUAAGAAAGAAACCAUACCUAAAAGACCUCAAAUCAGUUUCAACAAGGACAUUCCUUUGCCCUUCACCUACUUCAUCUUCACCCAGUCAGAAGUGACCCCCGUCAAUGUUGGCUGCUGGUGGUGGAGAAGGUGGCCUUCUGGGCAGAACACCUGACUGACUUCACACCUGGCUGAGAUCCAGACUGUGUGCAUGGGAGGCGCGCUCAGCUUCUGAGGCUCGUUGAACUCACCCGUGAAGUGCAGAGAACCUCGCAUCAGCUGUCACGCGAGGAUCUGUGAACAACGAAAGGGUUCUCGAACUCUUGGGUACCACUGCACAGUUCACAUAUGUGUGUCUCGUACUUCCAACCUGCACACGUAGCAACCUAGAGAGGGAAAGGCCUCCCUAGAGUUCAUGUGCAUGGGCACAGCACUCCCUUCCCAACGGACCAAGACCCGGUCGUGCCCUACAGGAGAGUUGGCGGACCUUGGGGUGUACGCAUGCGCGCUGUCGUUCAGGGGCUCGGGUCCGCGGUUCAAAACCUCCGUGCUGCUCCGCCCGGGUCAACUGACGGGCCAACGCGCGCUGCACGCAUGCGCGCUCACGUAGGUUUUUGGUGGUUUUUUGUUUUGUUUUGUUUUGUUGACCAAUCGUCAUCCCAGGUGUACGCAAGCGCAAACCCCACGUUGAAAAAUGGAAAACGGCAGGUUGGAGCCUUUGAAAAUGGAGCCCCCCGAAUUGGUAAAGAAGGCCGAGGAGGCUGAAGGUAGGAAGGGCGAGCCAGCCUCUCUGGGCGCGGCGGAAGGGAGAGAGCCCUGUCCCGUCACAAUGACAAAAUAGUAAUAGCAGUACUAAAAAAAAAAAGUAAAAAUGUAAGCUUUUUAUCAAAACAAAACCGUUCACCAAAGGGGAAAAAAAUAACGUGCAUCUUGUCAUCAUCUAGAUUAACUCCGCUUUAUCGGGCACAUUGGUUUAAAUGUUUCGAAGGAACAGUCGACUAAAUAUUUCAAUCCGUAUCUCCGCAGACGAAACACAGAGACGGAUGUCGUCUCAAAAGCCACCGGCUCCUGUCACACCGAGGAGAAGCACAGUAGUUCCCCAGUGUCACUUCACACCCAGCCCACAUCCCAUCUCACACGGACUUGAGUCUGAAUCGAGGGGCCUCUCCCGUGCCCGGCGUCGCUUUGGGGCCCUUGGUCGAUAGUGACACGCCCACACCCCUGCGAGGGGCAGGGGGUGGCCCUUGAGAUCAUUAGAAAACGUAGUGUGGCCCGAAGAAGGAGCUCCCAAUUCAGUGACCCACCGCUAUGUCACUAACAUUCUUUUUUUUUUUUUUUUGUAGACAUCUUUGGAAUGUACCAAAGUACAGCACAUAAUAUGGUGAAGGCCCACUCCUGUCUCCACAGCUCUGACUUUCUGUCCUCUGAUCUAUGUCCCCCUUCGUACACACUCUUUAAACCACUGGAUCAAUGUCAUUUGGACUGCAUCUUUCCAGAUCUAUCUAUGCAGACGUCAACAAUAAUUACGAUUGUUCACUUGUUUAUUGUUACUUCUCUAGCACCUAAAACAAUGCCCGCUUGGCAGAUAGUAGGUGCUUACUAAUUUUUUUUUUUUUAAUUGUAUGAACAGUAACAGGAAGAGCUCUCAGGUUAGGGCUAGGCAUCAAGGGCCAGCUUUCAACAAAGGACAUUCAGAAAGAAGACAGAUGCAAAUAGAUCUCAUAUAUUAAGCACUUGCUAUAGCGCUUAAAAUAGUAGCAAUUGUGCUAAAACCUAUUUUAGAAUCCAGCUUUCAAAUUAGUCAAAAUUGGAGUCAUAAUUAACUUCACCAGCAUUGGAGAAAAUUGAAAAGCAUGUAAGUUAGCAUUUCUAGCCCAUGGAAAAUGGAUUUAAAAAGAGAGGGAUAAAUUAAUAUUGAUUACUGUGUGGGGAAACAGGCUCUCUCUUGCCUCACUCAGAACUGACCAGUAAAGGCUUUGCUAGAAGCGGUUUGGCAGAAUAUUUUUAGCAUCUAAAAUGCUAUUCCAUCUCUUUAGUCACCAUUCUUGGUAAUCAGGGAAUAUACAGAUGUGUGGCCCAUGAAGGACCAUCAUAGUGUUGUUGAUGGAAGGAGAACAAGGAGCAAUCAGGGAAAUGUCUAGAUUUAGAUAUAUCCACUCCUAUUGUGGAAUGACUGGGUGGUGGACCUUUUUUUAAGCAGUAGGAAAAAAAUAAGAUAAUUAAAAAUGAAUUUUUAAAAGAGUAAGAUCACGGGUUAUUGACACAGAAUCAGCUUCAAAGGUGAUCAUACUUUUAUGAGAGAAAAGCGAGUUGGGAUUUUAAAAAAAAUUAUAAAGAGGGGCAGUGUCAACUAGAGCCCUAGGUAUGUUGCACAGUAUCUGAAGGCUAAAGGCCUAACUGAUGACUCUUAACUAGGGACUUAACAUUUUUAGGGGUGUGCAGAGGUGGAGGCAUUUUUGUGACUUUUUUUUCUUUUAUUUUUCUUUCAGGAAUAUGUAGUGCUAUAUAAUUUUAAAAUAGAGAAGGGGAAAUUUUGAAUGGCGUCCGAGGAUCAUAUUUUAAUGUUGAUCAAUAUUAACAUCCCAGUUUUGAUGGUUAUACUGUGGUUACCUGGUAGAGUCCCUUGCAUAUAAGAAAUAUACACUGGAAUAUUAAGGAAUAAUGGGCCAUGAUGCCAGCAAUAUGGUACAGAAAUGCUCACAAAUGAGAAAUCAAUACAAAGGCAAAUAGGAGCACUGUGGCCUUUUUCUACCACUUUUAUGUACAUCUGAAAUUAUUUCAAAAUAAAAUGUUAAAAGGGA